CUUCUGAUUUGUUCAGCAAAAAGAUUGCCGACAGUUGUACCAAGAACCCGCUUCUCGCGACACAGCGCCGGCCGUAGUGUUGCGUUUGUGCAGAGUCAGACGAAACUUGACGAUGAGUGCGCUCAAGUUAAAGCCGUUGGAGGAUUCGAACCUCUACAAACGACGCACCACUUCGAAGGAGAAUCUUCUGCAUACGGGCGGCGGCAACGGUGCAGCAGAGCCUACUUCGUCCGUUGCGCACAAUUUUACCGGACAGCCACGCCAUCAUGUGGCUAGUGCGAAUGUGAAGGGCGCCUUCUAUGGCACGCAGUCGCCCGCAACCGUGAGCUAUCCAACGGAGAGCUACUAUCAGCAACCCAAGUCACCGAUAAGAGUGGCAAACACGGCCACGACCGCUGGUACAUCAGUAUUGGUAUCGCAGGGUGACUCGUCGACGAUGACGCCAGCAACUCCCCACCAACUCCUAAACAAAUAUCCUGCCGAUAGCCACAGUUUGCUAGCAGCCACGCAGCAACGGAAAGCCACAGUGUCCAACACAGCAGGCCCCCAGUUGCAAUCGGGGGCAACUCCCAGAGUGUACCAGAACGUCAGUCAACCGACAAGUCAGCCACCGAGAACAUACCAAAACUUUGUACCUUCGGUAGCGCCUCAGUCACCAAGUACUCCAACGGUCAGAAGAAUGGAGUCGCAAGAACAGUUUGGCAGAACGAACGUGCAAUCGGUGUCCGGUGUAACUACUGGCAACAUGUCGCUCGGCACCAUGCACUGCACCCGUUGUGAUGAGGGUUUUGAGCCACAUGAACGCAUCGUCAACUCGAACGGACAGCUUUGGCAUACGCAAUGUUUCGUGUGUGCCCAGUGUUUCCGGCAGUUUCAGGAUGGCAUAUUUUACGAGUUCGAGGGUCGCAAGUACUGCGAGAAGGAUUUUCACAUCCUAUUUGCGCCCUGUUGCAGCAAGUGCAACGAUUUCGUGAUCGGGCGCGUGAUCAAGGCAAUGGCGGCCAACUGGCAUCCGCAUUGCUUCACGUGUGAACGCUGCAGCGCACCGUUAGCGGAUUCGGGUUUCAUCCGCAAUCAAAACCGUGCCCUCUGUCACGACUGCAAUCGUAUCGAGAAGUCGGACGGUCUGGAGAAGCACAUCUGCAACAAGUGCCACGGAGUUAUCGAUGGAGCACCACUGCGCUUUAGAGGAGAGGUGUACCAUGGUUACCACUUCAACUGUACCUCUUGCGGUUCGGAGCUGGAUUCUUCGGCACGCGAAGUGAAGAACCGUAGUGGCUACGCAGCGAAUGAUAUGAACGAGCUGUACUGUUUGCGUUGCCAUGACCGCAUGGGUAUUCCGAUUUGUGGCGCCUGUCGGCGACCGAUCGAGGAGCGUGUCGUUACGGCACUGGGGAAGCAUUGGCACGUGGAGCACUUCGUCUGUGCUAAAUGCGAAAAACCGUUCCUGGGCCAUCGACACUACGAGAAACGGGGCUUGGCCUACUGCGAGACCCACUACCAUCAAUUGUUCGGCAAUCUGUGCUUUGUGUGCAAUCAAGUGAUCGGUGGUGAUGUUUUCACUGCGUUGAACAAGGCCUGGUGCGUGCACCACUUCUCUUGCUCGAUCUGCGACCAAAAACUGGACCAGAAGUCCAAGUUUUUUGAGUACGACGAGAAACCGGUGUGCAAAAAGUGCUACGAGCGCUUCCCGACCGAACUCCGUCGUCGAUUACGCAUUUCGCACGAAAACACCCUCAAGAAGGCAGUUGCUUAAAAGAAGAUCAAUAACAGAUGAAUUAUUUUCAAUUGUGCCAAACUAGCCAAAUGAUGACAAUCGAGGUGAAAUGCCAGGCGAAACAUGCAACCAACCAACCGAACCGUGUACUGACCAACUAAACGACAACUAAUGAAAUAGCCUUGCUGUGGAAAGUAUUAGAACAUAGUGCCCAGUGCCUUUAACUAUUAAAAAGAAACCUUACUACUCCGUUGUGUCUGUUCAACUCAAACUUUGUAGUAACUAUCGAAUCAUGUCGUAUUUAUACUCAAUGUACGUGCACGUAUAAUUAUACUUUCUAACAAAACAAAUAACUUUUUCAAACGGUAGUUCGUACUUUUGUGUAAAUGCUAACUUCUUGUUUAUGUGCACGUUACGUGCACCUACAAUAACAACUCCGAGGUGUUUGAGUUUUAUUUAAUAAAGUGAUUUGAAUUCUUAACAUCAA